CACAAAAAUACAAGUCUGUUGUGUUCUUUGCCGUUUCUCGUUUUUGUGUUUCAAAACAUAAAUAUGAUGCCAAACAACUAAUUAAAAGCUGCUAGAAUGAUAAACACGCUCUCUUAUAAUAAUUAAAAAGUACAUAAGUUCGAAAUUGCAUGCCCUGCGUUAUGUGCGUUGCUUACACUGCUGCUCUGAAUGCCAAUGUAUAAGUAUUAAAUAUUAAUCAAAAUGAAUUGCAAGUGCUUUGGAGGACACUUCUAAGGAAGAGAACAAACGCAUUGGCUUCCAUGCAAUAGUGGUGUACUUGUGUAUUUGUUUAUUAUGUUAAAAGGCUCGCUGAAAGUGUUGAUUGCAAUAGUGUUGAGUUUAAUGUUUACCAUUUCAUUGGUAAAGAUUGUUUUAUUGAUUUGGUCCUCGUAUCCAGACUGGCUGCAUCUCUACACAAGACCCGAGCAUCCAUCCAGCUUUACAGCCGACGAAUGGCUUGCAUACCGGAGACUGUUCCCAGAUAAGGGAAUCUCGUCGUUAUCAAGCUCUGGCGAUCCGGAGCAUCUGCCCGAGCUGCCGCCGGGGGACGAACAGCGCUUACAACGCGCUGCCCUCCACCUACAGCAGAAGUUGAUCUUGCGCGAAUGGCUACGGGAAUAUCGUAUGCAGCAUCAUUACCAGCGUCUGCUGGCUGUUGAGGUGGCCUCGUUAGAGGACGUGUACUGGCUCGAAGAUUCGCGUGCCAGUAAGAUACUCGGCAAGGAUUGGCAACUGUGGUCGACUGCCCGUCAAGGGCUGCCCACAUCGAAGGCACAGCUGGACGCUUUAAAGGCSCAGCUGUGGUCAACGGUGGUCAAGUCAAGUCAACAUCAGGACGCCUGGACAUGGGGCGGCAUGCUCGUGGUCUCAGUUUCCGUUGCCGGUCUGGUCACACUCGCCGCGAUGACACAGCCUUCUCUGGCGCCCGAGGCGCGCCACUCGCUUCUGCAGUAUGUAACCGGAAAGUAUCUUCUGCCCGCCAACUGCAGGGUUCAGUGGGACUGGAAAGACCCGGCCCACGUCGGCGGCACCAUGUGCUUCAUUGUGCGCUUCUUUCAGCGCAACGGCCAGCCGUAUCCCAUCUGUGAUACCGACCAAUUCUUCGUAGAGGUCACCGAGGGCACACGCAAGGUGGUAACAAUCAGUGAGCUGGGCUCAUCUACAGAUCCCAAUAAUGCCAACAUUGCCAAAGUCAAGUUUACGGUUCGCACUGCGGGCCAGUACAACAUUUCUGUACUGAUCGGCGCCAGUCAUAUAGCCGGUUCGCCUUUCGUACGCAACUUUCUGCCCGGGGCCAUUGAUCCACGCAGAUCACGAUUCAUUCGACCGGCUAGUACGCUAAUCUGCUGCGCCAGUGCACCGACUCUGAUGCACAUUGAACCGAGGGACGAGUUUGGCAACGCGUGUAUUUUCGAGCAGUCCGAUGAGGCGUUGCAGGGUUACCGUGUCGCUAUUUACGACUUACACGGCGUGUCCGUCGAAAAGCUGCAGAACGCCAUUGUCUUCAGCUACGACAGUGUCAAUUCGCGGGUCUCAGUCACUGCUCUCUUUCCAGAGCCGAUUUGCUUGAGAGCUAGCAUCAGCUAUCGAGAUCAGCAACUUCCCAAUGGGGACUUUGACAUAAUCGUGCUCAGCAGUAGCGACACAACACUCGUUCAUAAAAAUAUUGCAUCCCGAAAGCACAAUAUUUGCUACGAGGCGAAGCUGCUGAGUAUUUAUGGAACAACAAAGAGCAAACCGCGGAAGGUGAUGUGCUAUGUGGGGCCGAAGCAGAACUCGUUGAUCUUUCAGGUGACGAUUAAGGAAAUGAUUUUGAAGUUCAUACCGAAACGUAUUGCCACCUUUCGGCUGUGUCCGUCGACCAAGUUCCAUUUUCUGCCCCAGCUGGUAACGCAGCUGCAUGGGCCAGUUUUCAUUAUAGACGAUGGAGCUCAGCCACGCAUUGAACUUGCCUCGAAGGACCGCAACAUUAUCGCUGCAACCUUCACACAUUUUCUGCUGAAAAACAUUGGUGGCUCAGAGACGUUUAAGGACAAACAGGAUUUCUUCUAUCACGAAGUGCGCAAAUUUCAUGCCAGUUACUACCACGAGAAGAUGGCCCUCAAAGUAAAUCGCGAAAAGAUCCUCGAAAGCAGUAUGAAGGCCACCAAAGGAUUUAGCGUUUCAGAUUGGUGUGGCAAUUUCGAAGUCACCUUCCAGGGGGAGCAAGGUAUCGACUGGGGUGGCCUGCGGCGCGAAUGGUUCGAAUUGGUUUGCAGCGCUCUCUUCGAUUCGAGAAGUGGGCUCUUUUGUACGUUUCACGAGAAGCACCAGGCCCUGGUGCAUCCGAAUCCGACGCGGCCCUCACAUCUGAAACUCAAGUAUUUUGAGUUUGCGGGCAAAAUUGUGGGCAAAUGUCUGUUCGAGAGUGCUUUAGGCGGCAGCUAUAGACAAUUGGUGCGCGCACGGUUCAGCCGAUCCUUUUUGGCCCAGCUCAUUGGGCUAAGAGUACAUUAUAAGUACUUCGAGCAGGAUGAUCCAGAUUUAUAUUUGUCGAAAAUUAAGUACAUUCUCGAUACGGACUUGGAUGGCACUGACACACUGGAGCUGUAUUUCGUAGAGGAUGUGUAUGACACCAGCGGUCAACUAAUCAAGUCCAUAGAACUCAUUCCAAAUGGUGCCAAGACACGCGUUACCAAUGCAACCAAAAAUCAAUAUCUAGAUGCUUUGGCACAGCAGCGACUUUGCAAUAGCGUCAAAGAUGAAGUCGACAGCUUUCUUAAGGGUCUCAAUGCAAUCAUACCCGACAAUUUGCUAAGCAUUUUCGACGAAAACGAAUUGGAGCUACUGAUGUGCGGCACUGGCGAGUACUCGAUAACCGAUUUUAAGUCGCAUCACAUUGCCAAUGGAAACUCGGCAGAGUUUCGACGUGUGCUCGCCUGGUUCUGGGCGGCUGUUAGUAAUUUUAGCCAAACUGAAAUGGCCCGUCUCCUGCAGUUCACCACAGGCUGUUCUCAGCUGCCGCCUGGUGGGUUUCAGGAGCUGAAUCCACAAUUCCAAAUAACCGCAGCGCCCACAUUUGGUAAUCUGCCCACGGCACACACCUGUUUCAAUCAACUUUGCCUGCCGGACUACGAGAGCUAUGAGCAGUUCGAGAAAUCUUUGCUCCUGGCCAUCAGUGAGGGCAGCGAGGGCUUCGGCAUGGUCUGAGUCGUUGUCAACGAAAAACCUUCUUUAUUUUGUGUUAAUUAGAAAUUGCGAAUAAUAUAGUUCCUGUGCUUUGUGUCAUAGUUUUCACUACAAUUUCGAUUAUGUGUGAGAUACAAUUUUAGAUGCUCAUAAUUUCCUAUUUCCGAUUCCUGAGUUCAGUAAUUGAUGAAAGGAAACAAAACGUACAGUAAUAUUAACCAUUAAAGUAGCUUCAAUGUCUGAAACGAGUCAAAAUGAAAAAAUUAAUAUAUAUCAUCAUCAAAAAGAAUGUGAUAAUUGA